UACCACUUCUGCUGCUGAUAUGGAGCUGGAGGCUGGAGAACGGAGCUGCUUUGCAGGGAAAGAGUAGAGAUGGAUAUUAAAUGAACACUGGCUACUCAUUGCCUUCAGAUGCUGAGGCUGCAGUGGGCCGGGCAGUGCUGGGGGCUGCUCUUGGCAUCAUCACUAUUGAGCAGCGGAAGAUUGUGGGGGCUCCAUGGUGCAACAGGACUGUGCUGAGAGGCUCCAGGAGGGCUCAGUCUGGGUGAGGAGAACCUAAAGCACCAACCUUCAAGCUCAUGCACCCUGCACCAGCCUCCACCAUCCCCUUCUAUGGCUAUCAGCAAAACCGGGGUUAUGAGUGCAUUACUGGGAUAAUCACCCUCAUUUCAAUCCCAGGACCCCCAAAUCUCAACUUCUCACCCUUGCUGGUGAGCCUGGGUGCUCCCUGCCUUCCAGAGGAUGCUGCUGACUAGAUGCCCAAUGUCUGUAUGGGGUCUGAACAGGUUCACUUCUUGUCUCGGGGCCCUUCGUACUGAGGAGCAACCUCUGCUUUUCGGGAACGAUGACUUCUAAGCACCAGUCAGACUGGAUCCCUUACAGUGUUUUAGAUGAUGAGAGCAGCAGUUUGAGGCAACAGAAGCUCGAUAGGCAGCGGGCGUUACUGGAGCAGAAACAAAAGAAGAAGCGCCAGGAACCUCUCAUGGUCCAAUCAAAUGUUGACAGCAGAACCCGCGGGCGCAGAAUGAAGCAGUCGGAAGAGCAGGCGCCGCUAGUGGAAUCCUAUAACAGCAGCAACAGCAGCACAAUCUACCAUGUGCAGGAGGCGGAGCAAGUGGACGCACAGGUAGUAACAGAAACGCAAGCUCCGAGGCCAAAUAAAAACGCCAAGUCUGCAGGGAGUGCAGGCUGCCCAAAUGGCAGUGCCAGGAAGGAGAAAAAGGCAAAGCAGAAAGGCAUCGAUGGGCCAUCGGCUUUUCAAGAUGAAGCAUCGAGUCCUGGGAGCCAAGUGCAGAUUCUUACAGUGGGACAGACGAGCCACGAAGAGGAGGCUGCCGAGAGCAUGGCUGGUGGGCAGCAGGGCAAACAUGACCUGAGGAUCACCAUGCAGAAAAAGGGGAUCUCAAGCAGCAUGAACUUUGAUGAGGAGGAGGAUGAAGAAGAUGAAGAUAGCUCAAGUUCUUCACAGCUCAACAGCAGUACUCGGCCCGGGUCUGCAACAAGCAAGAAAUCCCAUAAGGAAACAGUGUCUGCUCCGAGCCCUCCCACCAAUGAACCCUCCAUCGAUGUGGAAGACCUAGAGGAGUUCUCCAUGCGGCCGGCUCCUCAGGGAGUGACCAUCAAAUGCAGGAUCACUAGGGACAAGAAAGGGAUGGACCGAGGGAUGUACCCCACCUAUUACCUCCAUCUGGAAAGGGAGGAUGGUAAAAAGGUUUUCCUAUUGGCCGGGAGGAAGAGAAAGAAAAGCAAAACAUCCAAUUACCUCAUUUCCAUAGACCCGACGGACCUUUCCCGCGGAGGGGAGAGCUUUAUUGGCAAACUCAGAUCAAACUUGAUGGGCACAAAGUUUACUGUUUAUGAUAAUGGGAUGAAUCCGGGCAAAACCACCUCAAGUUUAGAGGCCAGCAAUCUGCGUCAGGAGCUCGCUGCCAUCUGCUAUGAGACAAACGUCUUAGGAUUCAAAGGGCCCCGAAAGAUGAGUGUGAUCAUUCCUGGGAUGAAUAUGGAUCAUGAGCGAGUGUCUAUCAGGCCACGGAAUGAACAUGAGACUUUGCUCUCUCGGUGGCAGAACAAGAACACGGAGAGCGUUAUAGAAUUGCACAACAAAACACCCGUCUGGAACGACGACACGCAGUCAUACGUGUUGAAUUUCCACGGCCGGGUCACGCAGGCAUCCGUGAAGAAUUUCCAAAUCAUACACGACAAUGACCCGGAUUAUAUUGUGAUGCAGUUCGGGCGCGUGGCAGAAGACGUGUUUACAAUGGACUAUAACUACCCCAUGUGUGCGUUACAAGCGUUCGCCAUAGCCCUGUCCAGCUUCGAUAGCAAACUGGCCUGCGAGUGAGGGGCGAGGAUCCAGCCAAAUAACCAGUCACCAAGAACUCUUUUUGGGGGUCGCUUAUUGAUUUUGGACAAACACAGCCCCCGUACUUUCUAUAUUCUUUGCCAUUGGUCAAGAAUGGAAGUUGGUUUUUAGUUUACAGAAAGCUGAUUUAUUUUUAUUUCCAGAAAAACGUUAUUUCCCCCCUCCCCCUUUUUUUUGUUGGUUUAAAUGAACCAGGACCUCCCUGCGGGCGGAGGCUGCACUGGGGUAUUUUGCUUCUUUCUGCAAAGGUGGAAAUUGCAAUUUUAUUUUUGUAAUUAUUUUUAUGGGGGAGGUAAAGGGGGUCGGGUUGCGGGGUUUGAGGUGAGACACACCUGUGAAUGCCGAAGAGUCGUUUCAAGACACUAAAAUGAACUGUGUGUGUUGGGCCUCUAGAGGGCACAGUUACUGAUCUAACCCUAGUGCUUCUUUUGUACCUAAGUGCAUGAAAUAUUUGCCUUCUCACCCCAUUACCAAGCGAAUAUGAACCAAUGGUCCUUUAGCGCUAACAGAUUGUGAGUCGACUAACUAAAGCGUUGAGCGAAGCACAAGGCGUCUCCAUGUUUUUAUAGCGUUGUCGGCUCCGGGGAUCCAUUUAUGGCACUUUUUUGUGGUCGGAAAGGAAGAAUCUGCCCUUUUCAAUGAAUCCGUCACCCCUAUUUUUUUUUUUUAAAUGUAAAAUUGUAGUUAUUAACCCAAGUCAUUGCAGAUAUUGUGGUCAACGUACUGUUUCCUAAUUUUUAGAUGUAGGCUAAACCCAUGGUUAACCCUUCGGAAUGGGGGAGGGGCCGCCAUUGUGAGGCUUCUUUCUCUCUUUAUUUUGUUAAAUUAUAAAUUGUCUUUCACAUCUGUAUAAGGGGGAUGGAUAUCUUAGAACCAUAUUGUAUAUUAAAUUUGUCUGGAUUCCAA